CUGUGUAUUGUCAGAAGGUUUGGUGUACAAAAUGUUAAUUAAUAUAUAUAAUUGUGAUAGAAAACCAAAUCAUACAUAGUGAACAUGUUAAUUAUUCGACAUAGAUAUGUAUGUGAAGCAUGUUUUAUUUUCGAACAAGUUUUACGGUUGUAAGUAAUUAUCGAAAGCAAGAAAUAUGCUGACGCGUCUGUUCGAAAUUCAUGGCCGGUUUUGCGCUGGACAUCCCUUAGAAGUAAUUGUGACGACCUUCACGCUCACGGCAUGCAUUCUAAGCAUGGAGACCGGAAGCGGACAUCCACGGGAUGGAACCCUUCCAUUGUCUUCGCACUGCCGAUCUAGUAGAUGUAAUUCGGAUGACCUAAAUGCCGCUGAUAUUAUAGUUAUGACGAUAAUACGAUGUUUAGCUAUAUUGUUUACCUAUCACCAAUUUCGCAAUCUACAAAAAUUGGGUUCAAAAUAUAUCUUAGGUAUCGCCGGCCUAUUUACCGUAUUUUCCAGUGUUGUGUUCACGUCCAGUGUAGUCAAUUUUGGGAGGAGUGACAUUUCCGAUUUAAAGGAUGCGCUGUUUUUCUUUUUGCUUAUUAUCGACCUUUCAAAGGCCGCUAUAUUAGCUCAGUUGGCUCUAAGCUCCAGAAAUCAAGAGGAAGUGCGAGCAAAUAUCGCUCGCGGUAUGUCGCUCUUAGGACCAACUAUUACGUUAGAUACUUUGGUGGAAACUUUACUUAUUAGCAUAGGAUCUUUAUCCGGUGUUAGAAGAUUAGAGAUCUUAUGCAGCUUUGCUUGCCUUGGAAUUGUUGUGAAUUACAUUGUUUUCAUGACAUUUUAUCCUGCAUGUUUAUCAUUAAUUCUCGAGCUUUCUCGAGAAACUAAUACUUUGAAACCACUGAGUGCCGAUAAGAUUUUUAUGAUACAUCCAUUAAACGAAGAAGAUCAGAAGCCAAAUCCGGUGGUAGAACGCGUUAAAUUGAUUAUGAUUGCUGGCCUAUUUGUGGUACAUGCUAACAGUCGUUGGCCUUUCAAAAGUGACGAAAGCGAAUAUACGGUAGAAGGCAAAGUAUCUUCCGUGAAUUCACAUAUCAUAGUGAAUUCUUACAACAAGACAGAGAAUUCAUCUGAAGUCAAGGAGUAUUUAAUGAACUGGCUGUCCGUCAGUGCAGAUAAUAUUGUGAUAUUAAUACUUCUUCUUGCACUCGCAAUUAAAUUUAUUUUCUUUGAAAACAAGGGAGAUAUCGCUAAACAGUUACGAUUUAAAGUGGAAGACAAUGUAGAAGAAAAAAACGAAAGUGACUAUAUGAAAGAAAAAAGACUUGAAAGUGACCAUGUGAAACAAAAAGAAAAUGAAAGUGAAGAUUUGAAUGUACUUAUCAGCAAGAUGCCAUUCAGACAAAAUUUUACUAGAAUACAAACUAUCUCCCUUUCACCCACGGUACGUGAUUGGAUUAAUAAUAAAGAAGUGCACAUAGAUGAAAAACAAUGUAAUGUAGAUAUUCGGAACGAUAAAAGUCUAUUUCAACGAUUGAAAGUUCCUAGAUCGUUAGAAGAAUGUCUCGAAAUAUAUAAAUCUGAGCUUGGAGCAAAUGCACUAUCAGAUGAGGAAGUAAUUCAAUUAGUAAAGAAUAAGCAUAUAGCCGCUUAUCAGUUAGAAAAAGCAGUUGGUGAUAUGGAGCGCGGUGUUGGAAUCAGGCGUCUUAUAAUUGGAGAGGCCGGAAAAUUUCUUGAUAAUCUUUCUGACUUACCGUAUAAAGAUUACGAUUAUAGUAAGGUAUUAGGUUCCUGUUGUGAGAAUAUUAUAGGAUAUGUGCCAGUGCCACUUGGAAUUGCUGGCCCAUUAUUACUUGAUGGUGAAUUGUAUCAUGUACCAAUGGCAACAACAGAAGGCUGUUUAGUAGCAUCUACAAAUCGUGGUAGUAGAGCAUUAUUAAAAUGCGGUGUGACAAGUCGUGUAGUUGCUGAUGGAAUGACAAGAGGACCAGUUGUGAGAUUUCCAAAUAUUGUUAGAGCAAGUGAAGCUAUGGCAUGGAUGCAAGAUACUGAACAUUUUAAAGAAAUGAAAAAUAGUUUUGAUUUAACUAGUAGAUUUGCAAGAUUAACGAAAAUUCAUAUACGCAUUGCUGGCAGACAUUUAUUUAUUCGUUUUGUGGCAACUACUGGGGAUGCUAUGGGAAUGAAUAUGUUAUCUAAGGGUACUGAGAAAUCAUUAAACAUGGUGAAAGAACACUUUCCUGACAUGGAAAUAUUAUCAUUAAGUGGUAACUUUUGUACGGAUAAAAAGCCAGCAGCAGUAAAUUGGAUUCACGGUAGAGGUAAAAGCGUUGUUUGUGAAGCAGUAAUACCUGCAGAUAUUGUUACUAAUGUGUUAAAAACAUCAGUUCAUGCCUUAGUCGAUGUGAAUAUAAGUAAAAAUAUGAUUGGAUCUGCUGUAGCUGGCAGCAUAGGAGGUUUUAAUGCGCAUGCUGCAAAUAUUGUAACUGCAAUCUUUAUAGCGACUGGUCAAGAUCCGGCACAGAAUGUUGGAAGUAGUAAUUGUAUGACUUUAAUGGAACCAUGGGGAACUGAUGGUUCAGAUCUGUAUGUGUCAUGCACAAUGCCCAGUAUAGAAAUAGGUACUGUUGGAGGUGGAACAGGUCUUCCUGCACAAGGUGCAUGUUUAGCUAUGUUAGGUGUUAAAGGUGCACAUGCUGAUCAACCUGGUGAAAAUGCCAGUAGAUUAGCUAGAAUAGUAUGCGCUACAGUACUUGCCGGUGAAUUGUCAUUAAUGGCUGCACUUACAGCUGGACAUUUAGUCAAAAGUCAUCUUAGGCACAAUAGAUCAUCUACCACUGUAACAAACGCGAUGAGUGUCUCUCAAAAUAAUACAGGAGAUAAAUUAUGUGUGCCAAAUACAUUAGAUCCUAUACAAAAUGUUUGUAAGGAGUUUGGAGAGAAGUUUUAA